UUUAAUCCCAGUGAACCCCAUCAGGGAAGAUGGGUUGAGCACUAAGAGCCGAAAGAGAAUAAUGCCUGAGUUGCUAACUGAGCCUCCUGCAAUAGAUCCUGUUUAUGAAGCUCAUGUUUACUGCAACAUUCCCACAAUUGCAGAACGCAGCAUGGAAGGUCAUGCACCUCAUUAUUUUAAGCUAGUGUCAGUUCAAGUGUUGAUUCGACAUGGCGAUAGGUAUCCGCUGUAUGCCAUUCCCAAGACAAAGAGACCUGACAUUGACUGUACGCUGCAGCCUAACAGGAAACCUUCUCAUCCUCAGCUUGAGGCUUUCAUUAAACAUAUGUCAAAAGGGUCUGCAGCCCAAAUGGGUGGUUCCCUAAGCAGCCUGCCUCGCUACCCUAGCCAUUCUUUGUGUGAAAUGGGAGAGCUGACACAGACAGGGGUUGUGCAGCACUUGAAAAAUGGACAACUAUUGCGAGAUAUUUAUAUAAACAAACAUAAACUGCUUCUGAGUGACUGGACAGCAAAACAGCUUUACUUGGAGACAACAGGAAAAAGUCGAACCCUGCAGAGUGCAUUGGCCCUGCUCUACACUUUUUUGCCAGAUUUUGACUGGAAGAAAAUUAACAUGAGGCAUCAGUGGAGCACCAUUUUUUGCUCUGGAAGCUGCAACUGUCCUAUGCGAAACCACUACUUAGAAGAGGAGCAGCGCAGACAGUACAGUUUGCGGGUGAAAAACAAUGACUUGGAGAAAAUAUAUGUGGAUAUGGCAAAGAUUGUAGGCAUUCCCACCAGGCAGUUGAGAGCUUCUAACCCAAUAGAUUCUCUCUUGUGCUACUUUUGCCACAAUGUCAGUUUUCCAUGUACCAAAACUGGCUGCAUUGAUAUGGAACACUUCAAAGUGAUCAAAAGACAUCAGUUGGAGGAUGAGAGAGAAAGACAGGAAAAGAAACUUUAUUUCUUGUAUGCACUAUUGGCUACUCAUCCUCUCCUCAACCAGACUGUUAAUCGGCUGCAGCGUAUUGCAGAAGGCAAGAAAGAAGAAGUAUUUGUUCUUUACUCUGCACAUGAUGUCACAUUGUCUCCUGUUCUUAGUGCCUUGGGCAUUACAGAUGCCAGAUUUCCUAGAUUUGCUGCCAGAUUAGUUUUUGAGCUGUGGCAGGAUGGGAAGAGACCCAAAGAUUAUUUUAUCCGCAUCCUGUAUAAUGGCGCUGAUGUCACAUUCCAGACCUCGUUUUGUAGGGAUUAUUAUAAACAGACCACCAAGCCCAUGUGCCCACUAGAAAAAUUUGUCAAUUUUGUCAAGAGGGAUGUGUUCCUAAUUUUUAACAGCACUAGUUAUUACGAUGCAUGUCAUAGAAGACCACUGUAG